AUGGCGACACCCUCGAAGAAAACCUCCGAUUCGGCGUCGAAGCCUAUGCUCCGCCAGCGACAGUCGUCAACCCUCCACUACCAAACCUUCCCCACCGCGCCGCCCAGGAAUGCAGGCCGCCCGCCGCCGACGRGGAGGGAUCUUAAGGGCGGUGCCUCGUUCAACGGCAGCGCGAAUGGCGCACCUUCCCCAUCCGACCACAACGGCGGCGGCGGCGACGACGACGAUUCCCAUGCCUCCGACUCCUCCAAUCAGACGCCGCUCCCCAAAGGCCAACUCGCCAUCUUGGCCGYCAUUUCCCUCGCCGAACAGACGGCCUUUAAUUCGAUAUCACCCUACCUGCCUGAUAUGACAUCUUCGUUCCCGGAUGUGAGCGAAGACAAGAUUGGCCUAUAUGUAGGACUCAUCGCAUCGGCCUUUGCGCUUGCCCAGUUCUUGACCAAUUUCAUGUGGGGAUGGUUAUCCGAUCGCGUGGGACGGAAGCCGAUUGUGCUCACGGGCACCUUCCUCACGGCGAUAUGUUUUGUGGCAUUUGGAUUCUGCAGGACUUUCUGGCAGGCGGUUGUGGUGCAGGCGUUGAUGGGCGUGGUCAAUGGCAAUCAGGGUGUUAUCAGCACGUGUCUGGGUGAAAUCACCGAUCGUUCCAACCAAAGCCGCGCAUUCACAUAUCUGCCGGUGAUCUAUGGAAUUGGUGGAAUUACCGGACCCCUUGUUGGAGGACUACUAGUAAAGGAAGGCCACCAAUACCCCUUUCUGUACCCCAACCUGUUCGCCGCCGGUGUGCUAGCACUGGACCUCAUCCUCACAGCGUUCUUCCUGAAGGAAUCCCUCGACAUUAGCGAUCACGAGCUCCCUCCGCUGAGAAAGCGCAUAGGAAGCCUCUUCUCCUGGAUCUGGCAGUUCAACAGCUCCUCCCACAAUCCCUCAUACACCCGCCACCACACCCACCAACGCAGACCCACCCAUCGUCCCAUCCUCCAAGAAAACUCCUACAACUCCGACUCGGAAGACUCGACGACUCUCUCCCAAACCUCACACCAGCAAGAAAAUCUCAAAUGGUCCCAGGUCGUCAACCGCGACACCCUCCUCCUCCUCUCCACCUACCUCAUCUUCCAACUCAGCAACGUCUCCUACAACUCCCUCUACCCCAUCUUCUCCCAAGCCUCCCCGCCCACCGGCCGCUCCCUCUCCACCACCGAAAUCGGCUCCUCCCUAGCCUUCGCCGGCCUAAUCACCAUCCUCUUCCAAGUCGGCAUCUUCGGCAAACUCCGCCAACGCAUGGGCAAUAAAUCCACCUACCGCAUCGGCCUCUUCGGUUUCGUCAUUUCCUUCUGUCUGAUGCCCUGGAUCGGCUACAAAGAUGGAAGAAACGGCACACAUCCCGAAACCCGCUCCGGAAGAAUCUGGUUGGGAGUGGAAUUAGGCGCGGUCCUCAUCAUUAAGACUGUAGCGGCUGUAGGAGGCCUCACAUCCGCUUUACUCUUAAUCACGAAUUCCGCACCUAGUCACGCCGUUUUGGGCGCUUUGAAUGGUUUGGCACAAACUCUUUCUGCUUUGGGCCGAGCGGUAGGACCGUUUAUUAGUGGUGCGCUUUUUUCUGCUGCGACAAAGGUUCAUCCCAAAGGGGAAGCGUUGGCUUUUGGGGUGUUUGGAGGGAUUAGUUUGGUGGGGUUUUUGAUGAGUUUUGGAAUUCGGGGCAAGAGUUUGGAGGCUGAGGGGUGGGAUGAGGAGGAAGGUCAGGAUGAGGAGGAGGGAGAUGAGGAUGAGGAUGAUGAGGAGGAGGAUGAUGAGACUGUUGUGAGGAGGUGA